AGCUGAGACUCAAAAGAGUCCUUAUUUUGGUGGAAAUUUGCAUGCAAUUAGGGAGCAAAUUAUGGAAAUGAAACGUGAAUUAUCCCUUUAAAAUCAAGGAAUCACAAGUUUCAUGUAAGUACGUCUGUUCUUGUGUGUGAGAGAAUGAGGAGUUUCACCUUCACACAAUCACACAUAGCAUAUGGGUACAUUUAAGACACAAACUAAGAAUUGAGGUUUCCAUCAAAAACACUAUGAAAAGGAAUAGUGAGAAGGAAUUUAAUAUGUUCUAUAAUGGAGGGCUUCACAAGCAUCACAGUGGAACUGGCUGGCGACCAUUAAAGAAGAGAGUUACAACAGCUAGCUUGAUCUUCUUCUUCUUCUUCUUCCUUCUUGUCAGUGCUUUGGUAUUUCUAGGCUGGAUUGAUGCUUCCAUAAUUUUAGGUAGUUCUUCUUCCACUGAUAAACCAAUCAUAAAAACCACAGAAAAAUCACCAAAAAAGCAAGAAUUCCCACUGAAAUGCACAAAAGGAAACGAAACACAGACCUGCCCAAUAAACUACUACCCAACAACAACACAUAAUCCUGACCGUCCAAUAUCAUCAUCAAACGAAACAUGCCCAUCAUACUUCCGUUGGAUCCACGAAGAUCUACGGCACUGGAAGCACACAGGAAUCACGAGAGACAUGGUGGAGCGGGCCCGCAGGACCGCGCAUUUCAGGCUUGUGAUCGUAGACGGUAAGGCCUACGUAGAGAAGUAUAGGCAGUCGAUACAGACAAGGGACAUGUUCAGCUUGUGGGGCAUUUUGCAGCUGCUAAGGUUGUACCCUGGGAGAUUGCCUGACUUGGAACUCAUGUUUGAUUGUGAUGAUCGCCCUGUUGUCCCAUCUAAGGACUUUCGGGGCCCAAAUGCGGGCCCACCUCCAUUGUUUCGUUACUGUUCUGAUGGGUGGAGUUUGGAUAUUGUGUUCCCUGAUUGGUCUUUUUGGGGCUGGGCCGAGAUCAAUAUAAGGCCGUGGAAAAGUUUGUUGGAGGACAUAAAACAAGGCAACUCAAGAACUAAAUGGAAGGACAGAGUACCCUAUGCUUAUUGGAAAGGGAAUCCAAGCGUGGCUCCAACUAGAAAUGACCUUUUGAAGUGCAAUGUCUCAAACAAAGAUGAUUGGAACACUCGCCUAUAUACACAGGAUUGGCUGCAAGAAUCUAAACAGGGUUAUAAACAAUCAAAUUUAGAAGACCAAUGCACUCACAGAUAUAAGAUUUAUGUAGAGGGAUGGGCAUGGUCUGUAAGUGAGAAGUACAUUUUAGCAUGUGACUCGAUGACCUUGCUCAUAAGGCCUCGUUACUAUGAUUUCUUCAUUAGAGGCAUGGUGCCAUUGGAGCACUACUGGCCCAUUAGGGAUAAUAGCAAGUGCACCUCUCUUAAAUUUGCUGUGGAAUGGGGCAACAAUCACACACAAAAGGCUCAAGCCAUAGGAGAGGCAGCAAGCAACUUCAUACAAGAGGAUCUAAAGAUGGACUACAUAUAUGACUACAUGUUUCAUUUGUUAAAUGAAUAUGCAAAGCUCUUGAAAUUCAAACCAUCUAUACCUCAAGGAGCAGUUGAGCUAUGUUCAGAAAUGAUGGCUUGCCCUGCGAAAGGUACAUGGGAGAAAUUCAUGGUUGAAUCCAUGGUUAAGUCUCCCAGUGAUUUAACCCCAUGCACCUUGCCUCCUCCUUAUGAUCCUUCAUCACUACAAGGUUUUCUCAAGAGAAAGGAUAAAUCAAUAAAGGAAGUGGAAAUGUGGGAAAAUGAGUAUUGGAAAAAUCUAAACAAGAAACAAUAAAUGCAAUUUUUGUGUUU